UGGAGGCUUAGGCUUCUCGUGGCCGCAGCGCCGUUGCUAAUUCUCGGAAGCUCUUCUCGGCCACUUGCCGAGACCCCCGGCCGCCAAGAUGCCUCGAAUUAUGAUUAAAGGGGGCGUGUGGAGGAAUACCGAGGAUGAAAUUCUUAAAGCAGCGGUAAUGAAAUAUGGGAAAAACCAGUGGUCUAGGAUUGCCUCACUGCUGCAUAGAAAAUCAGCAAAGCAAUGCAAAGCCAGAUGGUAUGAGUGGCUCGAUCCAAGCAUUAAAAAAACAGAAUGGUCUAGAGAAGAGGAGGAAAAACUCUUACACUUGGCCAAGUUGAUGCCCACUCAGUGGAGAACCAUCGCUCCAAUCAUUGGAAGAACAGCUGCUCAGUGCUUGGAACAUUAUGAAUUUCUUCUGGAUAAAGCGGCCCAAAGAGACAAUGAAGAGGAAACAACAGAUGAUCCACGGAAACUUAAACCUGGAGAAAUAGAUCCAAAUCCAGAAACAAAACCAGCACGGCCUGAUCCAAUUGAUAUGGACGAGGAUGAACUUGAGAUGCUUUCUGAAGCUAGAGCCCGCCUGGCUAAUACUCAGGGAAAGAAGGCCAAGAGGAAAGCAAGAGAGAAACAGUUGGAAGAAGCAAGACGUCUUGCUGCCCUCCAAAAGAGAAGAGAACUUCGAGCAGCUGGCAUAGAAAUCCAGAAGAAGAGAAAAAAGAAGAGAGGAGUUGAUUAUAAUGCUGAAAUCCCAUUUGAAAAAAAGCCUGCUCUUGGUUUCUAUGAUACUUCAGAGGAAAACUACCAGGCUCUUGAUGCAGAUUUCAGGAAGUUAAGACAACAGGAUCUUGAUGGCGAGCUAAGAUCUGAAAAAGAAGGAAGAGAUAGAAAAAAAGAUAAGCAGCAUUUGAAAAGGAAAAAAGAAUCUGAUUUACCAUCAGCUAUUCUUCAAACAAGUGGUGUUUCUGAAUUUACUAAAAAGAGAAGCAAAUUAGUACUUCCUGCCCCUCAGAUUUCAGAUGCAGAACUCCAGGAAGUUGUGAAAGUAGGCCAAGCAAGUGAGAUUGCACGUCAAACAGCUGAGGAAUCUGGCAUAACAAACUCGGCUUCCAGUACUCUCUUGUCUGAGUACAAUGUCACCAACAACAGCAUUGCUCUUAGAACACCACGAACGCCAGCUUCUCAGGACAGAAUUCUGCAGGAAGCCCAGAACCUCAUGGCCCUGACCAAUGUGGACACCCCAUUAAAAGGUGGACUUAACACACCUUUGCACGAGAGUGACUUCUCAGGCGUGACUCCUCAGCGGCAGGUUGUACAGACUCCAAACACAGUUCUUUCAACCCCAUUCAGGACUCCCUCUCAUGGGUCAGAAGGGCUGACCCCCCGGAGUGGGACAACUCCCAAGCCAGUUGUUAACUCCACCCCCGGCAGAACUCCUCUUCGAGACAAGUUAAACAUCAAUCCUGAGGACGGAAUGGCAGACUACAAUGAUCCCUCUUAUGUGAAGCAGAUGGAAAGAGAGUCUCGUGAACACCUCCGUUUAGGGUUGAUGGGUCUUCCUGCACCUAAGAAUGACUUUGAAAUUGUUCUACCAGAAAAUGCUGAGAAGGAGCUGGAAGACCGUGAAAUAGAUGAUACAUACAUUGAAGAUGCUGCUGACGUGGAUGCACGAAAGCAGGCCAUACGAGAUGCAGAACGUGUAAAGGAAAUGAAGCGAAUGCAUAAAGCUGUCCAGAAAGAUCUUCCAAGACCUUCAGAAGUAAAUGAAACUAUUCUAAGGCCCUUAAAUGUAGAACCACCAUUAACAGAUUUACAGAAAAGUGAAGAACUAAUCAAAAAAGAAAUGAUCACAAUGCUUCAUUAUGACCUUCUACAUCACCCUUAUGAACCAUCUGGAAAUAAAAAAGGAAAACCUGUAGGAUUUGCUACCAAUAAUUCAGAGCAUGUUGCCUAUCUGGAACAUAACCCUUAUGAAAAGUUCGCUAAAGAAGAGCUGAAAAAGGCCCAAGAUGUCCUGGUUCAGGAGAUGGAAGUGGUAAAACAAGGUAUGAGCCAUGGCGAACUCUCAAGUGAAGCUUAUAACCAGGUGUGGGAAGAAUGCUACAGUCAAGUUUUGUAUCUCCCUGGGCAGAGCCGCUACACACGAGCCAACCUAGCAAGCAAAAAGGACAGAAUUGAGUCACUUGAAAAGAGGCUUGAGAUAAACAGGGGUCACAUGACGACAGAAGCCAAGAGAGCUGCAAAGAUGGAAAAGAAGAUGAAAAUUUUGCUUGGGGGUUACCAGUCUCGUGCUAUGGGGCUCAUGAAACAAUUGAAUGACUUAUGGGACCAAAUUGAGCAGGCUUACUUAGAGUUACGCACUUUUGAAGAACUCAAGAAACACGAAGAUUCUGCGAUUCCCCGGAGGCUAGAGUGUCUUAAAGAAGACGUACAGCGGCAACAGGAAAGAGAAAAGGAGCUUCAGCAAAGAUACGCUGAUUUGUUGCUGGAGAAAGAAUCUUUAACGUCCAAAAUGUGAAGCACAGUGUGUACUCUAUCACUAAUUGCUGGUUUUCGUACCCUGGAAGGCUGAAACUGAUGUUUAUCUUCAUUGACAAAUUUGCCCCUAUCUGUGGUCUUCAGAUUGUUUAUUUUAAACGGUAUCGAUCUAACACAUUCUGUGUAUAAAUCCUUUGACUCCACAGGACAUUUUAGGGUUUAAAUUAUGACAAUCAUCCUUUUAUCAGUGUCACCUUUGCAAAAAUUUUUUUUUUCAGUUUCGGCCUUUAUUUUAAAAGCCUGAUUUUUAAGUGCCGCUUGUGAGUAUACUCUUGAAUAAAAACCUAAAAAAUUGAGAAUGUAGCCUUUUGUUUGAAGUAAUUGGAUACUUAAAAGUGCCCACAAACCAGCGAAUAUGUACUCUGUAUCAUAUUUAAUGAGUAACUCUGGGAUAAUCAAAUGGUGAUCUAGCAUCUUAACUUAAAUUCUAAAAAGGCAAUCCUUUUGUGGCUUUGUUAGUUUUUACUUUUUUAGCAUACAAUGAUCAUUUGUCUAUACACUGACAAGAUAGAUUAACUUUUUAAUACCUUUUUCCCCCCUCAAUAUAAUUUUAGGGAUGAUGUCUUCUCUGCCCAGCUACUUACAUGUAUAGUUUAUGGAUUAGGGCUCAAAACAUUUCUUGACCUGUUAUUUUCUUGUAAAUAUUUUUCAACAAAGGCAUUUUAAAGAUUAAUUUCAACAAGGCUAGUAAACUUUUAAUUAUUAAAGCUCUGUGUUUAUCUUAACAAGUCAGUCACACAAAUGUAGAAUUUGGGUAAUGCAUGGGUAGAAAUGAGAAGAUUUAACUUUAUAAUAAUGCAUAGGAAAUCAUUUAGGACAGUCGCUGGCUAUCAGUGUCAAAAAAGGGUAAAAAUAUGUUGAAUUCACCAAAAAAAAAUGGCCUACUUUUAGAAUAUUAGGGUCUUAAAAGGGAGGGAGGAAUACAUUCAUUCAUGAGAUAUUUAUUGUCAGAGUCCUGGGGAUAGAACAGUUAAUAAAAUAGGCAUACUUCCUGUUUUGUGGCACUUAAGCUUAUUUGACAACGACAGGCAACUAAAAUUCAAGUGUUUACUGAGCGACUCUUACAUGGUAGGAACUUUAAAACAUUGAAUGGUUAUUAAGACACAGUUCUUGCUGUCACUGAGGCGGCAUUGUGGGGGAAAUAAUCAAUAUGCAGGGAAAAGUAUCAGAUCAUGAACUUUAGAUUCAGUGGAGGGAAUUAACAUAGAGCGAUGAGAAAUAGCAACUGGUGGAUGCUCUAGGUGGGGGGAUCCAAGAGAUCUCUAGGGAAGAACAUUUAAGGUAGGAUGUGACUACAUCUUAGAAGGAGCCAUCCUGUGAGAUUCAAAGAGAGCCCAAGGCCAACAAAGUGAAAAACUAGCACAAAGGUGUAUUUGAGGAACAGAAAGUCAGAAUGGCCAAUGUCCAGAUGGCAUUUGUAUAAGGCCUGGUUGUACAGGGCCAUAUUUAUAAGGAAUUUGGAUCUUAUUCUAACUAUGAUGGGAAACUUUCCUUCUAAGCAAAGGAAUGACAUAGUCAGAUUUGUUAUUGGAACAUCCUGGGCCCUACUGUGUGAUCUCUCCCCAGGUUGAAAAUAAGGAAUCCAGUUAGUUCACGAGUCCAGUGCAGUGGUCUAGGCACACAGGAGCGACUCAGACUAGGAAGCAGUCCUGAGGGAGGCAUGGAAAGAUCUGAACAGCAAUAAUUCUGGCCAAGUCACAAAUUUAUAUUUUCUUGGGAUCUACUUAAUUCUAGUCCUUUCCCUGGUAAUUUUGCCUGGGUUUUCUAAGAAUUGCUUUCAUAGCUAUGACUAAUGAUGUUUUCCUAAUAGUCUUAUUUAAUUUGUGUGCAUGUUUUGUUGGUUGAAAUGUUUAGAACAACAUAAAAUAACGACUGUAAUGGUAGAUAUUCUUGUUUUCUGAUGGGAACAUCCCUAGCAGUGUUUUACCUUUAGGUUUGCUGUUUUUAGUCAUCUAGAUAUUCUUCAUCUAGAAAGGAAACUUCCCUCUAGUUUUAGUUUUUAAAGAAUUUAAAUUAGGUAUGGCUCAGGAAUUUAGUCAAAUGUGAUUUUUGGGUAUUAACAUAAUUAUAUAAUUAUUUUCAUUUGAUUGUGUUGAUGACAUUUUUGAAAAUGAGAAUACAUUUGUUAAAGCUGGGGAUAGUGAUAGAAGGAAGGGCUUAAAACAGAAGAAGCAGGAGGAGAGAGCCUAGGCGGGCUGCUGUCACUCCCCAGAGAUGUUCCAGGAAAGAAAUGAGCCAAGCCUGGGCUGCUUUAGCGCGCUGAAAAGUCCCAUAAAGGGCGGCCCGGGAGACAGGGGUGAGCCCUGCCCUUCUCUCCCCCGGUUGCAAGUGUCCGGGGACCCUUUGCGUUUAGGAGAUGCCGGACGUUGAGGGAAGAAAGGUGUGGGGUGCUCCCAGAGGAAGAGCGUUGUUGAGGACAUACUAACAGAUUUAACAACGUUUAACCAGCUUUGAACUGGGAUCAGGUAGAAUAAUU